CAGAUAAGAGAGUUGAAGGAGCGCGAUGCAAUAUCUACAGCUAAUCAUCGGCAGUCUAUUGGUCAGCCUGCCGUUCUGUCGUCCAGGGGCCACCGAGGAUCAGAUGUGGGCAGCCGGCAAGCUAAUGCGUGACGUCUGCCUGCCCAAGUUCCCAAAGAUCACCACGGAAAUAGCCGACGGCAUACAGAAGGGCAUUCUGCCCGACGACAAGGAUGCCAAAUGCUACAUCAACUGUGUCAUGGAAAUGAUGCAAACGAUGAAGAAGGGCAAGUUCAUGGUGGAGUCGACGCUCAAGCAGGUGGAGCUCCUGAUGCCGGAGAGCUACAAGGCCUCCUAUCGCAAGGGCAUCAGCGAGUGCAAGGAUGCAGCCGUUGGCAUCAAGAACAACUGCGAUGCAGCACACGCGCAGCUCACCUGCUUCCGCAGCAAGAUUGAGAUCUUUGUGUUUCCCUAAUCGAACAUGCUGAUG